UUUCCGCUUUUGUUUGUAUACCGGGGAUUUUGAAAGUUACUAUUUAAUUUCAAUAAUUGUUGGUACAAAUUAUUUUUAAUGGAAAACUUUUGAUGAUAUAUCUAAUUGACGAGUUUUAAAGUUAUUUUUAUCUGAUUUUCUACGUUUUGGAUCAAAUUUAAUUUGUUUUCAGUUGUUUCGGAGGUUUUCGUGUUGAUUUAUGUUACUUUUUAACAUUUUGAAUAAGUUUUAGUUGAUUUCGAUUGGUUUUAUUGGUUUUUAAUAGUUAAAGGCAGUUUUGGUUAAUUUUGAGGCGGUUUUAGUCAAUUUUUAGGUGGAUUUAGUCAUUUUUGAGGCGUUUUUAUUUAAUUACUGUUGGAUUUCGUUCGUUUUUGGAGUUUUAGGUGUUGGUGAUUGCUUUAAUGCUUAUUGAAUUGAUUUCAGUCGAUUUGUUUGGUUUCUUACUGUUUUGCGGCAGUUUUGGUUAAUUUUGAGGCGGUUUUAGUCAAUUUUGAGGCGGAUUUAGUCAGUUUUGAGGUGGAUUUAGUCAGUUUUGAGGCGGUUUCAUUUAGUUACUGUUGGAUUUUGUUAGUUUCAGAAGUUUUAUGUGUUGAUUUCAGUCGAUUUGUUUGGUUUCUUACUGUUUUGCGGCAGUUUUGGUUAAUUUUGAGGCGGUUUUAGUCAAUUUUGAGGUGGAUUUAGUCAGUUUUGAGACGGUUUCAUUAAGUUACUGUUGGAUUUUGUUAGUUUCAGAAGUUUUAUGUGUUGAUUUUAGUCGAUUUUUUUAGUUUCUUACUGUUUUGGUUAAUUUUGAGGCGGUUUUAGUCAAUUUUGAGGUGGAUUUAGUCAGUUUUGAGGCGGUUUCAUUUAGUUACUGUUGGAUUUUGUUAGUUUCAGAAGUUUUAUUUGUUGAUUUUAGUCGAUUUGUUUAGUUUCUCAUUGUUUGCGGCAGUUUUGGUUAAUUUUGAGGCGGUUUUAGUCAAUUUUGAGGUGGAUUUAGUCAGUUUUGAGACGGUUUCAUUUAGUUACUGUUGGAUUUUGUUAGUUUCAGAAGUUUUAUGUGUUGAUUUUAGUCGAUUUGUUUAGUUUCUUACUGUUUUGGUUAAUUUUGAGGCGGUUUUAGUCAAUUUUGAGGUGGAUUUAGUCAGUUUUGAGGCGGUUUCAUUUAGUUACUGUUGGAUUUUGUUAGUUUCAGAAGUUUUAUUUGUUGAUUUUAGUCGAUUUGUUUAGUUUCUCAUUGUUUGCGGCAGUUUUGGUUAAUUUUGAGGCGGUUUUAGUCAAUUUUGAGGUGGAUUUAGUCAGUUUUGAGACGGUUUCAUUUAGUUACUGUUGGAUUUUGUUAGUUUCAGAAGUUUUAUGUGUUGAUUUUAGUCGAUUUGUUUAGUUUCUUACUGUUUUGGUUAAUUUUGACGCGGUUUUAGUCAAUUUUGAGGUGGAUUUAGUCAGUUUUGAGGCGGUUUCUUUUAGUUACUGUUGGAUUUUGUUAGUUUCAGAAGUUUUAUUUGUUGAUUUUAGUCGAUUUGUUUGGUUUCUUACUGUUUUGCGGCAGUUUUGGUUAAUUUUGAGGCGGUUUUAGUCAAUUUUGAGGUGGAUUUAGUCAGUUUUGAGACGGUUUCAUUUAGUUACUGUUGGAUUUUGUUAGUUUCAGAAGUUUUAUUUGUUGAUUUUAGUCGAUUUGUUUAGUUUCUCAUUGUUUGCGGCAGUUUUGGUUAAUUUUGAGGCGGUUUUAGUCAAUUUUGAGGUGGAUUUAGUCAGUUUUGAGACGGUUUCAUUUAGUUACUGUUGGAUUUUGUUAGUUUCAGAAGUUUUAUGUGUUGAUUUUAGUCGAUUUGUUUAGUUUCUUACUGUUUUGGUUAAUUUUGACGCGGUUUUAGUCAAUUUUGAGGUGGAUUUAGUCAGUUUUGAGGCGGUUUCUUUUAGUUACUGUUGGAUUUUGUUAGUUUCAGAAGUUUUAUUUGUUGAUUUUAGUCGAUUUGUUUGGUUUCUUACUGUUUUGCGGCAGUUUUGGUUAAUUUUGAGGCGGUUUUAGUCAAUUUUGAGGUGGAUUUAGUCAGUUUUGAGACGGUUUCAUUUAGUUACUGUUGGAUUUUGUUAGUUUCAGAAGUUUUAUGUGUUGAUUUUAGUCGAUUUGUUUGGUUUAUUACUGUUUUGGUUAAUUUCGAGGCGGUUUUAGUCAACUUUGAGGUGGAUUUAGUCAUUUUUGAGGCGUUUUUAUUUAAUUACUGUUGGAUUUCGGUAAUUUUCGAAUUUUUAGGUGCUAGUGAUCGCUUCAAUGCUUAUUGGAUUGAUUUCAGUCGAUUUGUUUAGUAUCUUACUGUUUGGCGGCAGUUUUGGUUAAUUUUGAGGCGGAUUUUUGGUCACUUUGAUUUGUUUCCAAUAGUUUUGAGCCAAUUUCAGUCAAUUUUAGUCAAAUGUGAAGCAUUUUUUAUUAAUUCCUAUAGGUAUGCGAUAGUUUCAGGUAUUUUUAUCAUUUUAAGGGGUUGGUUUUGUUAGCUUGUUCAGUUUUGUAUCAAUUUUAGUCAAUUUCGAAGGUGUCUUUAUUAGAUUUUGAAACAUUUCUUGGUUUAAUUUUAUUUAUUUUAAUUUAAACUUGUAUUUUAAGAAAACUUUAACUCGUCUUUAGACAUUUAAAAUCAAUUUCUGUUGAGUUUUUAUAUUAAUUAAAGACGUUUUCUAAUAUUUUCGAUUAUAAUCGAUAAAAAUAAACGAUCCCAAACACAAUUUUUCCCCGCCUCGUAUAUAUUAAAUAUCAAAUAUUCAAUUCGAAUAAAACAAAUUCAAAUCUGACAAUAUGAAACACCUUGUAUAAUCUAUAACGUAAACAACCGAAAAUCCGAUCGGCUAAAAACGUCAUAGAAACAUCGAUCAAACGCCAUCUUAAUGUUUCUAAGGUAUGUGACGUAUGUUUACAUCAAAUCAAUAAUAACCUCAAUUCAUUCUAUUUCGAUGUAGUCAGUAUUAUUAUUUUUUCGAAAAAAAUAUUUUUUUUUUCGAAAUUCUAUUCGUGUUUUUGUGUGUGAGUGUACGAAAAAUGUCGGCGAAAUAUUCAAUAAUAUCGACGGAGGAUGUGAACGCGAAAAACGACGAUUAUUAUCCUUCGGUAAAAUCGAAAGACGCGAACGAAAGGAAAAUGGCGCGACAACUGAGAAUAGAAAAGAGAGUUGCCGCAGUUAAAUUGCAAACUCAAAGGGAAACGGGGAUUUAUAUUGAAGAGGAAAAAGAACCCGUGGAAAUACAGAUGGAAAAAAGCGCCGGUAUUUUGGAUAAUUUGUUGAAGGAAUCGCAAGAGUAUUUGGAGAACGUUAGAGUGGCCAACGAAGCCCGAGAGUUCGACAGAAAAGAAUCCGAAGGCAUCGGAAGGGGAAAGGUCAUAUCCCGAUUGGAAGCUGAAGCUGCCGAAGCCCAAAAGUUAUUUAGCGAAAUAGCCGGUAAAUGGUCCUCGAUACAGGAUUAUAAGGAUCCCCUGCACAUCCACGAGGAUAUUCUGUUGCAAAAAAUGAAAUGCGAUGAAUUGAUCAAAGAAAAAGACGAUUUGAUCGAGAUGUUGAAGGGGGAAGUGCGAAUGGCCGAAAGGAAGUUUACCUCGGAUCAGGUGAAGCAGAAUCAGGAUAUCGCCAUUUUGGGUAGCAGGAUUGAAAAGCAGAUCGAUUUUAUCAAAAAGGCCUACGCUACCGAAUUCAAUUUGAUAGACCAAGUAAUAAGCGAAGAAAAACGAAAAUUCAUCGAGAAAAGCAACGAAAAAUGGGAGGAUCUCUACCGUAAGAGGAACCAAGAAGAAUCAGCUUUAACCGAAUACAAAAUCCAAAAACAAGAGGAAAUAUCCUCCAAAAUCCGACAUCUGAAUGUUUGUCACGAAGAACAGUUUCGUAAAACGAAAAUUGAAUUGGAAAGAGACAUCGAGAAGGCCCAAAACGAAUUCGAAAGGAUCAAAUCGUUGGCGUUGUUUAAUAGAGAACGUUUGGAAUAUAAUUAUGAAGUGUUGAAGAGAAGAGAAAACGAAAAUCUAAUAAUAAAGAGUCAGCAGAAGAGGAGGAUGAGUAAAUUGCAAGAUACAAUAAGCGAUUUGAAAACCACCCUGAGCGACUACCGAAAAACCUCAACGAAAAAAAUACAGAAAACCAAAAGCGACAUCGAGAAAUUGCGCCAAAAUGUCGUCGACAUCGACGACAAAGCGGAUCAGUUCGCGAAUUCGAGCGAAAAAAAAUUCAAAGACUUGUGGAAAUUGAACGCCAGAGAUUGUUACAAUCUAUUAGAUAAAAUAAUAAAAAUCGAUCGAAUACUCCACGAACAACAGUUGGGGGUUAGAUGGACGCGUCCCGUUUACCAAAAAAUCGAUUUUCCCUCAAUCGGUGAUCGUCAGAGUGUCUCAAGCGUUGGCCCCAAACAAAAAUCGUCGUUGCUAUUGAAAAAAUCGAAAUCCGAUACUCGUUCCACAUCCGCCCUCAACCUAUCCAAAUCUUCCAAUACGGAAUCUGACGCUUAUAAGAAGUUGUUGAAGAGGGUGUUGAAGGCGUUGGAUAAGAAGGGCGGUUUUUUAACGGAAAAAUGUAUAAAAUUGUUGAUUAAUACGUACGAGGACGAUAAACAGAGUCUGGUUACUUUGAAUAACGUUUUCCUUUCGUUGGGUAUAAAAAAAUCUCAAGAUGUCGAUGUGAUGGCGGAUUUUUUUUUACCUUAUUGUUAUUGUAGUGUGUGCGCGGAACACUAUUCGGCACACAGUUCGUUUGCAUCGUCGGCGAUAGCAAGUCGUCACAUGUCGCAAGUGUCGUAUAUGUCGAAAACGUCCUUUCAGCGAUCGAACUAUUUCAGCCCUUCAAUCAUCGAAGUGGAAUACACUUUGGAGGGCAUACAACAAUCCGACGAUCUGAUAAGCCAUAUAGUCAAAGAGGUGAUAGAGAGUGAAUCGUUGGUGGACGAACAUGGUGUUUUGAAAAUCGAUACGCCGGACGAAGAUUCCGAAGACGACGAACAAUGCUACGCGCACCCAAAAGAAAGGUUAUCGGGUAGAAGGAGAACGCUAAAAGUCGAUAUAGAAAAGUUAUCUUGCAAAUAUAAUCAUCCCCUUGUUAUAAGUACAGUGUACGUACUAGCCGCCCUUAAGGAAUUCGUUAUUAAAUAUCACAAACAGCAGCAGGCGACGCAAAUAGGACCGACGAUGGAAGAACGACUUUCGAAACGAAGAUGCACGGCGUCCCGAUCUCUGGAGGACGAGGACAUCAAACGUCAUUGGAUUAAUUUGCGGAGGACCUUUCGCAAAUCGCACAUGCUCAUAUGGGAUGGUCUUCGUGAAGGUCUAUCGAAAUAUCUGGAAAUUUUGAAGGAUCGCAAAAACGUCAGCGAGGACGUUAUGAAAUUGAGAAAAACUAAUGAGGCUUUGAAGAGACUUUUGGCCGAUUAUAUCGAUCACGGCGUAAUCAUGAAACCGACUUGCCCUCAAAAGUCCUCUGAAUUACUACGGAAAUGUUCGCAGACUACACAAAUAAAAAUUUAAGUACCAAAAAAAA